GGUGCUGCGCGCGCCUCCGAACCCCUGCGCCACUUUAGAUUUCGCCUGCUGUUUUCCUGGUGGCUUCCCCAAACCAAACCUCUGUGGCUGAGUACGGCAGCGCUUCGGGGACAAAAAUCUUUCUCUUCUCUGGGCUCGGCCUUGUUAAUUGUUCCGUGGUUAAACCGGGCGGCAAGUAUUUGGGUCCCCGUUGCGCUGCUAUUCAGGAGGUAGGGGGAGGCUGAGCCCGGCGCUGAGUUCGGGCUGACUGGGGCUUGGGCCCAGCGAGUCGGUGCCGCUGCGCGGAUGUUGCGAUGGCUGAUCGGGGGAGGCCGAGAACCUCAGGGACUGGCGGAGAAAUCUCCUUUACAGACAAUAGGUGAAGAACAAACCCAGAAUCCCUACACUGAACUGCUUGUACUGAAAGCUCAUCAUGAUAUUGUACGAUUUCUGGUGCAGUUAGAUGAAUACAGAUUUGCAUCUGCUGGUGAUGACGGAAUUGUAGUUGUGUGGAAUGCCCAGACAGGAGAAAAACUUCUGGAACUUAAUGGACACACUCAAAAGAUAACAGCUCUUAUUACAUUUCCUUCCUUGGAAGCUUGUGAAGAAAAAAACCAACUGAUCUUGACAACCUCUGCUGAUAGAACAGUUAUUUUAUGGGAUUGUGAUACUGGCAGACAAGUUCGGAAAGUAUCCUGCUUCCAGUCUACUAUAAAGUGUUUAAUUGUUCUUCAGAGACUAGAUGUUUGGCUCUCUGGUGGGAAUGACCUAUGUGUGUGGAACCAAAAAUUAGAUCUCCUGUGUAAGACUGGUCACCUUUCUGAUACAGGGAUCAGUGCUUUGAUUGAAAUACCUAAGAACUGUGUUGUGGCAGCAGUUGGCAAAGAACUGAUAAUUUUCCAGCUGGUAGCACCCACAGAAGAAUCACUGGAAUGGGAUAUUCUUGAAAUUAAGCGCCUCCUUGAUCACCAGGAUAAUAUUCUCUCAUUGGUUAAUGUCAAUGAUGUGAGUUUUGUAACUGGCUCCCAUGUUGGAGAAAUGAUCAUCUGGGAUAUCCUGGACUGGACUGUGCAAGCCUGUGAAUGCAGCUUCUGGGACCCAUCUCCACAGCUGGACACCCAGCAAGAAAUAAAACUCUGCCAAAAACCAGAUGACAUUUCUAUUCAUCAUUUAACAUGGGAUGAAGAGAAUGUAUUUGCUGCAGUCGGAAGGGGUUUAUACGUGUAUAACCUUCACAUGAAGCGUGUGAUUGCUUGCCAGAAAAGUGCCCAUGACUCUAAUGUCCUGCACAUUGCCAAACUUCCGAACAGGCAGUUAAUCUCAUGCUCGGAAGACGGCAGUGUACGCAUUUGGGAGUUAAGAGAAAAACAGCAGCUUGCAGCUGAACCUGUACCAACAGGUUUUUUUAACAUGUGGGGAUUUGGAAGAGUGAACAAGCAAGCCAGCCAACCUGUUAAAAAGCAACAAGAAAAUUCUCCUCCAUGCUCAUUGGAGCUUAUUGGAGAUUUGAUUGGACACUCCUCAUCUGUGGAGAUGUUUCUGUACUUUGAAGAUCAUGGACUAGUGACAUGCUCUGCUGACCAUCUCAUUAUUUUGUGGAAAAAUGGAGAAAGAGAAUCUGGAUUGCGCAGUUUAAAAUUAUUUCAAAAGUUAGAGGAGAAUGGUGACUUAUAUCUUGCUGUCUAGUUGAAGGAAUUUGGAACACAUGUGCAUGAACCUUGAACAUCAAAUAUAGGGUAAUACUCAAA